AAGAUGUUGAUUCUUCCUCCUGAUGUUCUUAAACUUUUUUCUAAUGCUGAUUGAUCAUUCCGAGUUAACCGAUUUUAAAUUUAAGUAGUAACAUAAUGUAAGAUUCACUUCACUAUGGUAUGUCCACAAGUCAGCGCUUCCUCCCUCGACUAAUUAACCGCCACGGGGAGGGAGUUAACCGUGCGCGAGCGCCUUUCUGGCAUCUGACGGGAGUUGGUUAAACUAAAAGAUGGGAUCCGUCAUCGGCACGGCGGCGAACGGCGUCGGCACGUUCCUCGGCAACGCCUUCGCCGCGCCCUUCAGGAGUCUCUUCGGCGUGUCCUGCGAGGCCGUUUGUUCAGGGACGUGGGACGUGGCCUGCUUCCUGGAGCACCUGUGCAUGUCCAGUCUAGCCAGGCUCUUCAUGGUCCUGGUCCUCUCAUACAUCAUGCUGUUGCUGGCGUACCUGAUGUGCAAAGUGGGCAUCAUCCAGUGCGUGGUGAAGAAGGGCUGCAAGAUGUCGGCGGCGGCGUGCUCGGGCUGCUGCCACGUGCUGGGGGCCUCGUCCUGCUUUCUCUGGCGCAAGCUGCGGGACACCAAGCGCGUGCACCGCGGCCGCCGCAGGCGCCGGCCUCCUGACAUCGAAGAAGCAGGACGACGUGCCGGAUCGAGCUCCGAAGAAGAGGACUCCGACGACGAUGCUGAUGAUGGUGGGAGGAGCGUGAGAAGGCGGAGCAGGGCGAGAGAGGGGUCGUCGUCGGUGAGGGAGAGGAGGAAGGACAGGUUGCGGCGGGCGCUGAGCCUGAGGAAGAUGGCGCCCAAGAAGGAGCACGCGAUCACGGAGCAGAGGCACUUCAGGCGGAAGCUCUACGCCUACACCCACAACAGGCCAGGAUGGACAUGGCGUGACUCCUGGGGCCUGAUCUCGUUAUGGAAGGACUUGGCGUGCAUCCUGGAACUUGACGAAGAUCGUUUCAAGACGAUUCUUGAUGGUGUGUGGGGGUGA